UGUAUGUACUUGGCGACCAUUUAUUUCCACUCUACACAGUCGCGACUGAACUAAAGAUUCGAAUCCAAUCCUUUUUAACUUCAAAAGCCCACACAUUUUCCCACACUUUCCAUCUCAUUUUCUUCCUACCCAAACAUGCAUCGUCUCCUUUUCUAUCUCUUCCUCUUUCUCUCACCAACAUUUUCUUGGGCUGCAGAACUCGAACUCCUCAUGCAAAUCAAGGCCUCCCUCGACCCACAAAACCGGUUCUUGACCUCCUGGCAGCAUAACGCAGACCCUUGUGGUGGGUCUUUUGAGGGCGUGGCUUGCAAUGAGGAAGGACGUGUGGCUAAUAUUUCUCUCCAGGGGAAGGGUCUGUCCGGUCGGAUACCUGCGGCUUUAGGUGGGCUUAAGAGCUUGACUGGUUUGUAUCUGCAUUUCAAUGCACUGACUGGAGAUAUUCCCAAAGAGAUUGCUCAGCUUAGUCAACUGAGUGAUUUGUAUCUCAAUGUCAAUAAUCUGUCUGGGCAGAUUCCACAUCAGAUUGGCAACAUGUCUAAUCUUCAAGUUUUGCAGCUGUGUUACAAUAAGUUGACUGGGAGUAUACCAACGCAACUUGGAUCUCUAAAGAAACUUAAUGUCCUUGCUCUACAAUAUAACCAGCUUACUAGUGCAAUUCCUGCAAGCUUGGGGGAUUUGGGGUUGUUGACAAGGCUGGAUUUGAGCUUUAAUGGCCUUUUUGGUUCAAUACCAGUAAAAUUAGCUGAUGCUCCUAUGCUACAAGCCCUAGACAUUCGUAACAACAGUCUCUCUGGGAAUGUACCUCCAGCUCUGAAGAGGCUGAGUAGUGGAUUCCAAUAUACCAACAACCCUGAGUUAUGUGGAGAUGGGUUUGCUAACUUGCAAACAUGUACAGCUUCUGGUCAACUCAAUGCGAAUAGGCCUGAACCUUUCAAACCUAAUGGUACUCUGCAAAAGGAUAUCCCGGAAUCUGCAAACAUACCUUCUAAUUGCAGCCAAACUCACUGUUUGAGUUCGUCCAAGAACUCACAAUAUGGUGUAGUAUUUGGUAUAAUUGGAGUAUUCAUUGUAUUAACAGGCACUGGACUAUUCACAUUCUCAUGGUACCGUCGGCAAAAACAGAAGAUUGGAAGUGCUUUAGACAUUUCAGAUGGCCGGCUUAGUACUGAGCAGGUCAAGGAGGUUUACAGGAAGAAUGUCUCUCCACUUAUCAGCCUAGAGUAUUCCAAUGGCUGGGAUCCCUUGGCUGUUGGCCAGAAUAAAAACGGGCUAUCUCAGGAAUUUCUAGAGAGUUUCAUGUUCAAUUUAGAAGAGGUGGAACGAGCAACUCAGUGCUUCUCUGAGGUGAAUUUGUUGGGGAAGAGUAAUUUCUCAGCAACCUACAAGGGAACCCUUAGAGAUGGAUCAGUUGUUGUUGUAAAGUGCAUCACCAAAACAAGUUGCAAAUCUGAUGAAGCUGACUUUUUGAAGGGGCUGAAGAUUCUGACCUCAUUGAAACAUGAAAAUCUGGUGAGGUUGAGAGGCUUUUGCUGCUCAAAAGGCAGGGGGGAGUGUUUUCUCAUUUAUGAUUUUGUCCCAAACGGAAAUCUGUUGCUGUAUCUUGACAUAAAAGAGGGCACUGGGAAAGUUCUUGAAUGGUCCACUAGAAUAUCUAUCAUAAAUGGUAUUGCCAAAGGUAUUGGGUAUUUACAUGGGAAUAGAGGAAAUAAACCUGCUCUUUUUCACCAGAAUAUAUCAGCUGAGAAAGUGUUCAUUGAUAGACGAUAUAAUCCAUUACUCUCAUAUUCAGGCCUGCACAAAAUUCUUGCAGAUGACAUUAUCUUCUCUAUGCUAAAAGCUAGUGCUGCCAUGGGAUACCUGGCUCCUGAGUACACAACUACUGGCCGUUUCACUGAAAAGAGUGAUGUUUAUGCAUUUGGUGUGAUUAUACUACAACUCCUCAGUGGAAAACAUAACGUUACACCAUUGACUUGCCACGCAGGGGAAUCAUGCAAUGUAGAAGACUUUAUUGAUGCAAAUCUUGAAGGAAAGUACUCAGAAUUAGAUGCAGCCACACUUGGGAGAUUAGCUCUUCUUUGCACUCAUGAAUCGCCUAAUCACAGGCCGAACAUAGAAACUGUGUUGCAAGAACUAAGUGGAAUUACUAUUGCUCCUUAAACAUACAUUCAGUUCAUUUUGCCAAAAUUUUCAGAAGUGAAGAGGCAUGACCUUUGAUCAUCACUGACAACUAGCUGAUAUUGAAACUUUGUUUCUAAUAUUGAUCUAACUGCAUUGUCCUUUCAUGAAGACUGAAGUUGUAAACGUCGAGUUUAUAUUGUUUGUACUAAUUUUCAGGCAGUUGUAAUGAACUAAAUUUAGGCAAGGAUCUUUAUAGUUAUUCUGUUCAAAGUCUAUGGUUACCAAGGUUGGAAAUUCAAGA